CCUCACUGAAAACAACAGCAAGCAGGGUUCUGGGUGAUAUUGGGUGUUGGAGUUUUGUGUGUGUGUGCAAGAACGAAGCAGGAGAAGAUGGAUGUGGAGGAGGAUGUGCUGGUGUUGGACGAUGAUGACAGCCAUGAUGGUUUGGCGGUGAUGGAAGGGAAGGAAGAUGAAGGGAGCCCCGCCCAUCGUGGUGGUGACAGUGAGGUAGAGGAAGAGGCAGAUGGAGAGGAAAGCGAGAAGAAGCUGCCUGUGGUGGUUGGAACCGUGAGCCCGAGGCACGCCAGCCCAGUCGGAAGCAGUGACGGCGAUGCUGCCACCGUGAGCGAAGCACGAACGUCAACGCAGACAAAGGAUGGCAACGAUGGCGCUGGCGAUGAUGAACAACGUGCUGGUGGUGGUGGUGGUGGUGGUGAUGGCUCACAGGCCAAGCGACGCGCAUCCGUCUUCAACCGGCUUGGUGGCGUUGCACCGGCUGUUGGCCGUGCGCACGUCACGCAGCGGCUAAGCACCGGCGAUGGCGAGCAGGACAAGACGACCCAGCAAGCACCACCAAGUGAGUCAUCGCAACAGGCACAGCAGCAGCAGCAGCAGCGCGCUUCGAAGCGGGCCAAGCGAUUGGCAACAGAGCCUGGACGUGUCCGAGCACCCCGCAUCUUCGCCUCCGCCAUCGACACCAUCAAGCAAACGCAGCCGAUCGGCGCUGUCAGCGGCGCCGCCAGAUCUCGCGUAUCGGUGGAAGGUGGCAGUGAGGACGACGACGCCCACAAGCACAUGUCUCGAUCGUCUCGGCGCCCACCUGUUCAGCAAAGCACCACCCAGCACCCAAAGGCUCGCCCCUUUGAGAUGAUCCCUCUCCCAGACAUUGCAGACGAGAUUCCCUUUGGCAACGGCAUCACCUUGGAGAAGCGCCACUUUGUCCGUGUCAACGCAAGCGGCAACCCGAGCUGCUUCAACGAUGUGUCAUAUUGGGACAUUCAAGAGCGAUUGGCGCCCGCCAUAUCCGCCAUCAUGCCGCCAGAAACGACACUGCAGCCAUUGCGAGACCUCUCAACUGCAGAGAUGCUGGUGCUGUGGCUGCACUGCCCGGCCUCCACUGCAACAGAACAACUCGUGCAGUCGCUCAACGGCCGCGUCCUCAAAUUCAUGGGCGUUGUUCACCCAAUCACCAUCACGGCCGAGGUGCUGCUCCACCACCCGCGCCAGCCGCCAGCCGACCUGUCGCACUCGUGGUUCACAUCGCACUUUCGCCAUCACUACGACGACACUCCUCGUGGACAGCGGCCAGACACCGUGUACGUCACGCACCUCCCUGUUCGCUGGUUUGCGCGCAGCCGAGAUCAGCUGAGCGAAGGGGAUGUGGCACAACGAUUCGCUGUCUUUGGACACGUGCAUCGUGUUGCACUCAUUCGCUCCGAGAAGGACCUGCAAGUGGACGCGCAAGUGUUGAGGAGCGCGCGUGAGAACGAAACAGAUGUGUCACAUGGCCUGGACAUUGUUUCCACCGGGUACCACGGCCGCAACAACGGCGAUUACAACAACGACAGCAACAGCAGCAGCGGUGGCGGUGCAGUCAUUCCAAGUCCCCGAGAUCUUCACUUUGAUGCGUUUGUGCAGUUUGAGCAGUUCGAGUCUGCACUUGCGUGUGCGCGUGCGUUGAACGAGCGCUGUCUUUCCCGCGUUCGCAACGGCCGCCACUUUCAGGUGUUUGCAACAGCGGCAAUUGACACGAGCUCAUUCCUCUCUGAUGCGCAAAUUCGCAAGCGAAGAUGGCGGGCAGAAGAAAUCAAGCGGGCUACGGAGGAGGAGGAGGAACGCAAGCGAAAAGAAGAGGAGGAGAGACGGCGGCGCGAAGAGGAAGAAGAACGAGAACGGCAGAGACAGUGGGAGGAAGAGCAACGCAGGGAGGAAGAGCGGAGACAGGAAAAGGAGGAGCGAAGACGCGAGAAGAAGCGGCGAAAGGAGAGGAAACGCCGCGAACGGGAGGAGCGGGAGCGACGGAAGCGCGAGGAGGAAGAGCGAAGACGCGAAGAAGAGAGGCAGCGCCAGGAGGAAGAGCAAAGGCGCCUGGAGGAGGAGAAGCGAAAACAGGAGGAAGAGGAGCAGAUGAAGCGACAACUCAUGGAACAAAAGCGACAAAAGUUACUGGAGGAACAACGCAAACUUAUCGAGGAGGAAGAGCGUCUUCUUCGCCAGGAAGAGGAGCGACUGCGCCGUCUUGCCGCCAUUGAACACACGCGCCAGCAGCGACAGGCGGAGGAGAAGGAAGCGCGGGAGCGUGAGGCGAAGAUGAAAUUGCUGCUGAUGAAGAAGAAGCGACAGCAGCAGCAACAGAAGGACACGGGCAAAGAAGGCCGGAAUGCAAAGAAGAGGAGUGAGUGAGACAGCACACAGCUGUUCUGGGUGUGUGUAUGUGCGCCAUGAUG